UAUAAAAAGAAAACUACGAUUAUUCUUAAAAAAUAUGUAAAGUCCUAUAGAAUUUGUGUGCCAAAAAACUAGCUCACAUAGUUUAAGUUUAAGAGAAAAAAACUACCUCACACACACAGUUCAAGAAAAAAAGUUAAAGUAGUUAAACGCAAUAAAUCUGUUCUAAAUUAAUGUUAAACUUCACAAAUUACCCUUGGUAUAGGCAUAUGAAAGCGUAAUUAGUACUCCCUCCGUUCCUUAUUAACUGUCUAUUUUGAAGAAAAAAAUUUGUUUAUAUAUAUCUGUCCACUUAAAGUUUUAAGAGAGCAUUAAUCGAUGUUUUUCCAAGAAAUACACUUACAGAAACAAUUAAUGAAGAAAGAUAAAAUACAUUUUAAAGGGUGAUAUAGGAAAACAAAUAAUACUUUUAUAAAACUCAGUAUAAUUAAUUGCUUUCCUUAAUUUAUGUGAACCUUCUCUUCCUGGACAGAUAAAUAGAAACGGAGGAAGUAUUGAUGAAUGAGAUUAAAGAGAAUAUAAUCAAUGAAUUACACAUUUUACUAGUUCAAAAUUAUUAAGGUAAAUAGUGUCAAAAACACCUCAUUUAAUUCUUAUAAAUAUAAAUAUGACCGGAGGUAUUACUAUUUUUUUUCUCUUUAAUAGGUGACACUUGUUCAAAAAGUUGUUGCUAGCACCCACCCAACCAUUUUUGGUAGGAGAUUUGUCCAUUGUUUUUCUUCCACUUGAAUGAUUGUGACGCAGAGAGUGUUACUCUCCUAUCUUCUCGCACCCACCCCUUCACAAAUUCCAAACAAAAAUUCUCUAGAUCAUUAAGCAAUUAACUAUAUUUGUGCAAAAAGAUAUCUUGUUUAUGUUUUUUUGUUAGUUUAGUCGACUCUCCCUGCAACAUCAACAACAAUUAUUUCAAUGUUCAUGUUUUGGCACUUCUCACAUCAUCCAUGUUGUUUUUCUGGAUGGACUGGAUAUAAGCUUUCAACGUUCAAGAGUUUUUGGGUGAUUUAUCGAACAAUGAAAUUUCUGUGAAACAUAUCUCCAUGGACAUUUGAAGUUGCGUCCCUCUGAGAAUUACAGGUGAUGAAUACUCCAUUUAACAACCAUACUGCACCUAGAGAUCUAGGUAGUUCAGGUGUAGAUUCCAGUGGAAUUAGCUCAACUCAGAGGAAGGUUUUGUCUGAAUCAAAGUUUCAACGUGUUUUGCCUAGUCCAAUUGCGGCAGAGCCACUAGGUGCAUCAAUUAACCAAGCAGGUCAAAAGUUCAAUGAGGUGUUUCAACUAAAACAAGGAAGUUAUGCAGAUCUUCCAGCUUCAAAAAUCACAGAAUUGAUGAAAUCAACCAGUUUGGAUAAUGCUCCAACUCAAUCUCUUCUGAGUGUUGUGAAUGGUAUCCUGGAAGAAAGUGUUGAGAGAAGAAAUGGCGAAAUACCCCAUCGUGUGGCUUGCUUGUUGAGGAAAGUUGUCCAGGAGAUUGAACGGCGCAUAUCAACUCAAAAUGAACAUUUACGAACUCAAAAAAACCUUUAUAAGGCGCGUGAAGAUAAAUAUCAAUCAAGGAUCAGAGUACUUGAGGCUCUUGCUUCUGGAACAAGGGAAGAGAGUGAGAUUGAGAAGACUAAAAUUGAAGAACAGAAGAUACAUGACACACUACAAACUAAGAAGGAAACCCAAAAGGAUAACAAGGAGGAUGAGAAAGAAGUUACUAAAAUGAUUAAGGAGCUAGAGGAAAAGACUAUGGAAAUUAAAACAUUGAAGCAAGAACUAGACAACAAGGCAGAUGAGAAAGAAGUUAUUAGAUUGAUUAAAGAGCUAGAGGACAAGAAUAUGCAAGUAACUACAUUGAAGCAAGAGCUAGAAACAAUGAAAAAAGCAUACCAAGUACAAUGUUCACAGUUGGAAGCACAGGUUAACAAUGUUAAAGGAGAACUACAACAGAAAUCACAAGAAUAUGAGCAUCAAUUGGAAAAUUUAAGAAAUAAGGUUAAAGAGCAUGAGGCCUCUUCUGCGACAGAAGAGCUAGAGGACAAAAAGCUGGAAGUUACUACAUUGAAGCAAGAACUAGAAACAAUGAAAAAAACAUAUGAAGCACAAUGUUCAAAGUUGCAAGCACAAGCCAACGAUGCGAAAGGAGAACUGAAACAAAAAUCUCAAGAAUAUGAGCAUCAAUUAGAAAAAUUAAGAAAUAAGAUUAAAGAGCAUGAGACCUCUUCUUUGUUAAAAUAUCAGAAGUGGAACAUGAAAGAGAACAAAAUACAGAAAUCUGUGAAUUUUCAAUUCGGCUCCAUACAGAAAUUGAAAUUGUCUUGGGAGUCCAUUAAGCAAGAUGUUAUGAAACAACAGAGGAUAUAUGCAGAGGAAUGUAAUCGAUUAGGUGGAAAUCUUAAAUCACUAGCAGAAGCAGCUGAGAGUUAUCAAUCAGUUCUUACAGAAAAUCGAAAAUUGUUUCAUGAAGUUCAAGAAUUAAAAGGAAAUAUCAGAGUAUUCUGUCGAAUCAGGCCAUUUCUUCCGGGACAAAAGGAAAAACAGUCUAUUGUGGAACACAUGGGUGAAACUGAUUUGGUUGUGGCAAACCCCUCCAAACAAGGGAAAGAAGCUCUUAGAACAUUCAAAUUUAACAAGGUCUUUACUCCAGCCUCAACACAAGCUGAGGUGUAUGCUGACAUACAAGCCUUUAUAAGAGCAGUGCUUGAUGGGUUUAAUGUAUGUAUCUUUGCUUAUGGCCAAACAGGUUCAGGGAAAACCUACACAAUGAGUGGUCCAAAUGGUGCAACAAGUGAGAGUGUUGGUGUUAACUAUCGAGCUCUGAAUGACCUCUUCAGCAUAUCCUCUAGUAGAAAAAGCACCAUAGUCUAUGACAUUGGGGUACAAAUAAUUGAGAUAUAUAAUGAACAAGUGCGAGAUUUGUUAUCAACUGAUGCUUCUCCAAAAAAACUUGGGAUAUUGAACCACUCUCAACCAAAUGGGUUAGCAGUACCUGAUGCUAGCAUGCAGCCUGUGAAAUCAACAGCAGAUGUCAUAAGGCUAAUGGACAUUGGUCAUAAAAAUAGAGCCAAGGGUGCCACUGCUAUGAAUGAAAGAAGUAGUCGUUCUCACAGUGUGGUUUCAAUUCAUGUUCGUGGGUUGGACAAGAAGUCUGGUUCUUCUCUUCAAGGAAACCUUCAUUUGGUAGAUUUGGCAGGAAGUGAAAGAGUAGAUCGCUCUGAAGCAACUGGUGAUAGGCUUAAGGAAGCACAGCAUAUUAACAAAUCACUAUCUGCUCUUGGAGAUGUCAUUUUUGCACUUGCUCAAAAGAGUGCUCAUGUACCAUACAGGAAUAGCAAGCUUACUCAACUUUUGCAAACUUCUCUUGGUGGUAAAGCAAAGACACUCAUGUUAGUCCAAAUUAAUUCAGACAUAAAGUCUUAUUCUGAAUCCAUGAGUACUUUGAAGUUUGCUGAGAGGGUUUCUGGAGUAGAGUUAGGAGCCGCGAAAAGUACCAAAGAGGGAAGAGACGUCAGAGAAUUAAUGGAGCAGGUGGCUUCUCUUAAAGACACUAUUUUAACAAAGGAUGAGGAGAUUGAGCGGCUACAGUUACUUAAGGAUCUGAAAAAUGUUUAUCCCAAUGCCAACUCUGAUUGAGGAACAGAUAAUCAUGGUUCUUCUGAACAUUCAAUUUUCAAGGGAGGCACUAUAUCCAUAAGAAAACAUAGAGAAGUGUCUAAACCAGCUCCACAAUUGGCCAGGUUACGGCUCCAAAACGGUAGUAAAAUAGCACGCAGUAGUCAUAAUUUCAUUCGGGAACUGUUCAUAGUUUCAUAUGUGUAUAUUGUACACAUUCAUUUAUGUAAAUAUAAUUUUUUGAUUGUUUUAACACAUAUUUUUAGUCAUGUAACAAUUUUGUGGAUAUGUAGUUGACAAUUUUGAAAUGUUCACAAAUUCCAUCUUUCAACAGAAACUUUGAGUUUGAAUCUAUAAAUUCAUGCCAACUACUUCUCGCAACCAGCUGAGACAAGAAGGGGAUGGCUAAUCUGAAAAAAAUCAAAUAUUAUUAGCUUGGGGAGUGACCACCAAUUUAUUCUGCGAAAUUAGAACUCCCAAAUAUGAACAACGAACGUUCAAGGAUGCCGCAGGCUUCCAACAAGCCUUGCCACCGAAGGAGGAAGCACAGUCAAUGUCUAGCUCGGGGUCAUUCAUUAAAUGAUGUGGCAUGUCCACAUAGGCUCAAAACUGCCAACUGGGCAUGGCGGCCGGAGCUCCAUCGACGACAAGGAUGAUUUCCAAACAAAAAAGGUAGUUUAAGGGCGUCUUUAGAACGAAAAUCAAAUCUCGGUCAAAGUUCAAAGACGGUUUUCAGGUUUAACCCUAUUCUUUUUGGUAAAUUCAAGGUAUGCAUUGCCGACAACAAUGAUUAAUCCUCUCAUUGUGGGUAAUCGCACUAAACAGUACAUGGUUGGUCACAAUAUGCGCUACAUUCUUGUGAGUGAUGAUCGAAACUCCGAACUAAUCAUAAGGGACGAAGUGAACUAACCGCCACACCAUACUUUUAUGAUUGAAGUUACCAUAUUUUGGAAGAUAGAAAUAUGUUAGAAAAUUAAAAAAAAUAAAUGUCAUGUUCCCCCUCAGCUAUUAUUUGUUGUUAGAGCCAAAAGGGGAAAGAAAGAGAUAAGUAAU